GCUGCGGGAAACGAUUCGUGCAGAGGUCCUACAGUUGGCAGAUUGUUUCUACCAUCCAGCCAGUUGAAUUUCCAAGGGCCCACGGAGCCAGUCCCUUCCUUCCUCUUACAAUUUUCUCGGUAUUCUCCCACCCUGCCACUGCCCUGCACCUUACUACUCCACCACUGCAACAUCCUCAGGAACCUGUUUUGGACAAGUUUGCUUGUUCUUCGCCCCUUCCACCUGACUGGAAUUGUGCGGAUUUUGUUCCACCGAGUUCAUAGAAAUCCGACGACACGAUGCCCAGGGCGGGAAUCAAGGAAGCGCAUCCCGCGGGGAUUUGGUCUGAUCUCUCGGUGGAUGGACCGAUCAUAGGGACUCUGGUUGUUAUAUUGGAUAAGGCUGUGGGUUUUUCUUCAAUCUCCUACUGCUCCCUAUCGCGAUACCGUUCUGGUUGACGGUUGCUGACUUUCGCAGAAAAAUCUCCCCAACAGGAAGAAAAUUGGCAAACAAGAUCCCUACGCUGUAGCCCGCCUCGGGAAGGAGGCACACCGAACAGAUGCGGAUGUUCGUGGAGGCCAAACACCUCGAUGGUAAGAUUCCAUCCUCGUCGAUGGGAGUGACGUGUUGAGCUAGCUUCUAACCUCCUCUAGGGAUAAGGAACUUCGUUUCCCAGUACGGAAUUCUCCGGAUUACAAGUCUCUGAAGAUCACUGUUUUUAAUGACGAUAAGAAAACUGAUCUUAUAGGCGAGACUACUCUUAAGUUGGAUAAGAUUUUGGUUAAGGGAGGCGGAACUAAUGAUGGUUGGAGAGGACUGAAAUGUAAGGAGAAGUACGCGGGGGAGAUCUUGGUUGAACUUACCUUUUGGGAUGAUAGGUUCAAGGGGACACCUCCAGCGGGAAAGAAAGGGUUGGAGCAGGGUUUGGGAGGAAGGGAUAAGGAACGGGAAAGGGAGAAGGAAGCUCCAAGAAAAGUUGGAGGUGCUAGGGAGAUGGUUGGUUCCGGGGAUAGAACCGUGAAGAGACGCCCUUUACCAGCGGAUCCUACGCGGUCUUCGAAGGAGGAUGUCAGCCAGCCGAUGCCUGUGCCAGAAAAGCGGAGCAGGCGGUGGAGGCAUUCCCAUCACCCCGGAUAUGAGAAUAGCCAGCCUCACAACCGCCAUUCAUAUUCCGAGCCCCAGCAUCUUCAAUAUCGGAAUCCUACAGGAUCGUCUAGGACCGUCGCUAUGGCACCUGAUCCUUUGCCGGUCGCUACGGGCAUUUAUGAUCCCUAUGGAGACAAUAACAUCUCUGGAGGGGACGUGUUUGGCAGAUUUGAAGAGGAUGAUCCUGAUGGGCAACCUCCCCCCCCACCUCCACCUGCCCAUCGAAGGCAUUAUGAUGCGUCGCCUGGCCAUCACUCGCCCAACCCCCCGCAUCCCCACCAACAAACCAUUCACAAGAGGCACAAAUCGCAACAUCAAUUGAAGCAUUAUCAGAGCGUCCCGGAUUGGCAAUACCAUCAACAGCAGCAAUCCCAAAGUCCAGAUCCUCGUGAGCGCGAGGUGCAUAGAAGCAACAGCUAUGACCCCCGGUUGCCGGCUCAGGAUCAAUACGGUGGUUCUUAUCCUGGACCUCAGACUCGUCACCGGGGGCAGGACGACUACGACCAGUACGUGUAUUCCCCAAAUACGGUUGCUUCAACAGCCCAUCUGCGACAGGAGCGUCAGCUUACCUACCGGGACGUGAGUCCUGGGCUCCCUUGCGGACCUUCUCCGGAGAGCUCUUUUGAGAACUUCGGGGGUGAGGACGAUGUUCCUCCUCCUCCUCCCCCACCCCACGGACACAGCCCUGCUCCAAUGCGUUUUGAUGAGCCGAAUUGGGGGAAUCACAAGCCGAAGACGAAGGAGGAGGAAGACCUUGGGCUCCCGAGCUAUGAACUCUCCACUCAACUCGCCCAUCGACGAUCACAUAGUAAUAUGAACACUCGUGCUCUGGAGGUGCAAAGGACUUCUGCUGGAGUUGAGCCGCCGUCCACUCGGAAUGGAAUGCCGAUUCCUCCCAGUCUCGUGCCUGGCAUUGACCCACUUGUUGCGGAGCAAAUGGCUGGAAGAAUUGAGGCUGAGAGGAGAUUGAGCUUUGUGGACACGUCUAAUGGGCUACUACAAAUAGAGGGUCCUCCUCCGUCCCACUCGCAGGUGAUGCAGCAUAGAUCUAGCCAGAACUAUCACAGGCCUCAGGUCGAAGAAGUUCAGGAUGUGCAGCUCUAUCAACCCCAGUUGCUUCCCGAAGAUCAAGUGGUGGGGCGGCCGGUAACGGUGAGAAAGGGUCGCGAGAAGAGGUCCGCACCUAUAGUCAAGCCUAUGCCCAUUCAUGGAGAGCGGGAUGAUGUGGUGCCUGCAGUUGGAGCGACUGCAAGCUCGGUCAGGCGAAACUCUACCCUGGUUAUGGUUGCGCCCGAGCGGAAGCCUGUUCCUCCUGCCGAACCAGUAUUCGAGGGACUUCCUUUUUCGCCUGAUUCCUUCGACCUGAUCAAUCCGGGCCCCAACGCCUCCCUAGAGGCUGCUAUCAACGGCCCAGGUCCCACCUAUAGCACUCCUCAGGAAGCGGAAGAGACCGCUAGAAGAUGGAAUGCAGAAUCCAAGAGAGGGAAGCUGCCGAGUAAGAUGAUUGUUCCUGGGAUUAACAGGGUUCUGGAUGCUACCGACGUUCUACCACCCGAGAGCUUUGCCCCUGAACCCGAGAGGCGAGGAGGUAGAAGCCCUCGCCCGCCCCCACCUGUCCCAGCUGAGUAUCGUCGCCAUAGCACGGGAAGACAGAGGAGUCCGAGUCCUCGGCCACCAAGGAGGGGAGAAAGGCUAGCUCUUACCGGCCCUGUACCCCCACCGCUUCCUAAGAAGGUUAGUAUCCGGGAUCCUUCUCCUCAACCUGUCCGGAGUGGAAAGGAGCGGGAGAGGGCCAAAUACCAGAAGAGGCUUAGGAAUUCCCAGAGUAUGGCCAUCCUCCCUAACAAUAGUCGGAACCACGGUAGCUCCCGUGACAGGAAUUCAAUCGGGCCUGGCGCAAUGGUCAUGUAUAACCCGGAGAGCGAAAGGGAGCGCCAGAUGGAGAGGGAUAGGGACUCCCGAGCUCUUGUCCCGGCCAAGGGUAAUGACAGGUAUGGCUACAAUUCGGACCAGCCAAGAGGAGGUAGAUCCCAACAGCGUCAGCAAGCCCCGCCUCUUCCAGCAAAAGCCCCAAUCGACACAUCUAGAAUGAGUAGGGAAGACUAUCUCCUGAGCCAGGAAAUGAGCCUGAUCAGCAUCGGGCCCACCAGUGGAGGACGCACCCGCAGGGGAAGAUAUUAAGGAAGGCUUACGACUGCCAUCAUAUCUCACAAUUCACGAAACAAAGAACUAGGAAAAUCGUCGUUGAAAUACGCGAAUUACUACUUUAUUUUUUUAUUUUAUUUUAUAUUUAUUUUUGCUUUCGGAGUGAUUUACUUUGCUCAUUUGAAUUUUCUCUUCAUGUAUCAGUACUUAACUGUCGUUUGAGCCCAGAAUAGCGUCUAGCCAUCAUAUUUCGUGGACGGAUUUCUUCUUGGCCGGCUGAGUCGAGGCGCCAGUUUGGCAGGGGCUUUCAUGUUUUAUUCGACAUUUAUGCGAAGGAACUUGAGAGGGGAACAGCUUGACAGCGCGAGCUUGCCUGUGACUCUGGGAAUAUCUGGGUAUGGGGAUAACUUACGUGUAGCCUGAAUCUCGGAGAGUACCAGUAGAUACUAGGUGUUUGUUGAGUAGCAUUGGCAUCCUGCUUGUCUGAGAUUGAUCAUGAUAAGCGCAGUAUGACCUACCAUAGCGCAUUGUCCCCGCAGCCACGUAUCAUAGCACGGGAGUCACCCCGCAAUGUACUUGUAGUGCUUACGGUGCGAGUUGGUUGGUUGGUUUGAAUAGUGAGCGCCAUGUUUGACUUAUUGUAAGGAAGAAUUGUGGGGUGCUUUCCCUUUCAUAUACG